AUGGCGCCAGCAGCAAGGAAACAGUCGUCGCUCCCAGCGGGCUACAAGGAGGAUCUCAGCAAAGGCAAGAUGCUGCGCUUCGAGGACUCGCUCCCCAAGCUGCCCGUCCCCACACUCGAGGAGACGGCCAAGCGAUACCUCAAAUCCGUUCACCCCCUGCUCUCGGAAACCGAGUUCAAGGCGACUACAAAGGCCGUAGACGAAUUCGUGGCUCCUGGUGGGCUUGGAGAGAAGCUUCAGAAGCGGUUGGUGGCGCGGAGAGAAAACCCAGAGAUCAAGAACUGGAUCUACGACUGGUGGAAUGAGGCGGCCUACAUGGCCUACCGCGACCCAGUCGUCCCCUACGUCAGCUACUUCUACUCCCACCGCGACGACAAGAAGCGAAGGGACCCCGCCAAGCGCGCCGCUGCCCUUUCCACCGCCGUCUUGGAGUUCAAGAAAAUGGUCGACAGCGGCAGUCUGGAGCCCGAAUACAUGAAGAAGCUGCCCAUUGCCAUGAGCUCCUACGAGUACAUGUUCAACUGCUGCCGUGUGCCCAAGAAGCCCGCAGACACGACGAUCAAGUAUCCCUUCAAGGAGAACCAGCACAUCAUCGUCGUGCGGAAGAACCAGUUCUGGAAGAUCCCCCAUGAGAUUAAUGGCAAGCAGCUGAACACGGCCGAACUCGAGCUGCAGUUCAAGCGCAUUCUGGAGAAGGCGGAGAGAGCGCCGGCAGUGGGUGCCCUCACAUCUCAGAACCGUGAUGUGUGGUCAGAAGUCUACCCUAAGCUCAAGGGUUCUUCUCCCGUCAACGCCGCAUCGGUUGAGGCCAUUGAAUCUGCCUCCUUCGUUGUCUGCCUCGAUGACGCAUCACCCGUCACUCUCGAGGAGCGCGCACACCAGUACUGGCAUGGCGACGGCUCCAACCGCUGGUUCGACAAGCCCCUGCAAUUCAUCGUCAACGACAACGGUACCUCGGGAUUCAUGGGCGAGCACUCGAUGAUGGACGGCACACCCACGCACCGCCUCAACGACUACGCCAACCAACAAAUCUUCACCAACGCCCUGCCCUUUGACGACCCCAACGUCCGCUCCGACCUCCCCAACCCCAAGCCCCUUCGCUUCGAAAUCACAAAAGACCUCGAACAAGACAUCACGGCCGCCCAAUUGCACUUUGCGCAGCAAAUCGGCGCGCACGAGCUCCGCGUACAAGCCUACCAGGGCUACGGCAAGGGCCUGAUCAAGAAGUUCAAGUGCUCCCCCGACGCUUACGUCCAAAUGAUCAUCCAACUCGCAUACCACAAAUUCUACGGCAAGAACCGCCCAACGUACGAAUCCGCCGCCACCCGCCGCUUCCAACAAGGCCGCACGGAAACCUGCCGCACGGUGUCGGACGAAAGCGUAGCCUUUACGGCAGCCAUGGCCGACCCCAACGCCACGCCAGAACAGUGCCAGAAGCUGCUACGGGCGGCCAUUGACGCGCACGUGCGCUACAUUUCGGACGCGAGUGAUGGGCGGGGCGUGGACCGCCACCUGUUUGGGCUGAAGAAGUGCCUGCAGGCCGGGGAGCCGGUGCCGGCGCUGUACGAGGAUCCGGCGUACACGUACAGCUCGACGUGGUUCAUUUCGAGCUCGCAGCUGAGCAGCGAGUACUUUAAUGGGUACGGGUGGAGUCAGGUGGUGGAUGAUGGGUGGGGGAUUGCGUACAUGAUUAAUGAGAAUAGCAUUCAGUUUAAUGUUUGCUCCAAGGGUUUGGGCUCGGAGAAGAUGAGCUUCUAUCUCAAUGAGGCGGCGGGUGAUAUGAGGGAUCUUAUGAUGCCGACGGUCGAGCCGGCAAAGGCGAAGUUGUAG